GAUCCAACGAAACGCGUUAUCUGUUUUCCAAAGAUUGCGAGCAGACCAAUAAAAAUACAAUGAAUUAAGACAAGUAAAACUUAUUAAAAACACUUUUCUACAAGUUUAAGUUUUAUUAGACAGCAAAGAAAUAAACCAUAAUAAUUUAAUCUUCCAGCCUGACAAAACUUAUACAUGUGUAUAUAUACUUAUACUGUAUAUAUAAAUGGUUCACUCGUUGCGUGCACGAUUGAUGGAUCUAGUCAUUCAUUGCUACGAGGCAGCUGGCGCGUUCGCUUUCAUCUUCUUGGCCGAUGAAAAAAGGAGCCGGAGGAUCGUUGGCGAUUGUGGUCGCACCCGAUGGCGGCUGGGGAUGGGUAGUAGUUUUUGCUGCGUUUUACUGUAAUGUCGUCGUAGACGGAAUAAUUUACUCCUUUGGCAUGCUCAUGAAUGACAUGGUGAACACAUUCCAUGAGCCAGAAUCAAAAAUCACAAUAGUCGGAUCAUUGUUAAACGGAUUUUAUUUGAUCGCUGGUCCGUUUGUAAGUGCCCUUCUGAAUAGUGUGGAUUUCCGAUCAGUCACAAUAAUUGGAAGUGUAAUUUCCUGUAUUGCAUUCGUUUCUGCCGCUUACGUAGAAUCAUUGUACCAACUUAUGUUCUGCUAUGGCUUCAUUGGAGGUAUUGGAUUUAGUAUGAUAUAUGUAUCUGCAGUAUUAAUACCAGGAUUUUAUUUCGACAAGUGGAGAGCGCUUGCAACGGGUAUAGCUGUAUGCGGAUCUGGAAUAGGAACGUUUGUACUUGCGCCAUUAAAUGCAUUUUUGGUAGAAAAAUAUGGUUGGCGAGUUACCAUUAUGGUCCAAGCAGGGCUUGCAUUGAGUUGCGCUGCCGCAGGUAUACUUUUCCGACCAUUGAAGCCAACCAUAGUCGAAGUACCUACUAUUAAUCCGGUUGUAAUGGAACCAAAAAUACCCGAAGAUGAGCCGCUGUUGACGAAAAACGGUAUUGCCGAAAGAAAGAUGUCGUUGGAUAGUAAACACAACGCCGUCAAAAUCGGAGCUCCGACGGCAGAAGAAAUUUACAACCACUUGUCGGGUCGCCAGACACCUGAACCUCGGCCCAUUAGCAUAUCGUGUCAUUCACUCAACACGCACAAUCAGUACCUGAAGGAUCGAUUGUCACCCGACUUACCGGAAAAGAAAUUAUCUGCUGUCAGUCUGAGGAGGCCGUCCGUAUCGGCGCACUUGAUGGACAGGGACGACCGAUUUUUCGGCGGAAGUCUGUCCAGACUACCACAGUAUUCGUCACAGGUGAGCUCGUUGAACUACGCAAUGUCGGUGACGAGAAUACCGGCCUGGAACGACGGCGAAGAGGGGGAUAACGAAGAGCCUUGUUCGAAGAACAAUUCGUUCCGGAGAAACAUGAAGAAGUAUUACAAGUCAGCUAUGCACACACUCACGACGAUGUUGGAUUUUUCCAUUCUCUCCUCUCCAUCCUUCUUCGUGCUGACGUGCAGUGGUUUUUUGACGCUGUUGGGAUUUUUUGUUCCGUUCAUGUACAUUAGCGAAAAAGCCAUCAGUAUGGGCAUGGACAAAAACAUAGCUGUGUGGCUGGUGUCUACGACCGGUCUGACAAACACGUUCGGGAGAGUGAUUUGUGGUUGGAUAUCUAGUUACGAAUCCAUCGAUCCGAUCUUGGUGAAUAACGUGUCUCUCACGUUUGGAGGCCUAUACACCAUCUUGCUGCCGUUUCUUCCGUACUCGGUGUUCUCAUACUAUUUGUACGCGUCGCUGUUCGGAUUUUCUAUGGCUUGCUUCGCGUCUUUGAGAUCGACCAUGAUAGUUGAAUUGACCGGUCUUGAAUUACUUACAAAUGCUUUUGGCGUCCUGUUGAUGUUUCAAGGAGUAGCAGCAGCUGUCGGAUCUCCGUUAUUGGGGCUAUUCAAAGACUGGACUGGAACCUAUGACAUGUCGUUCUAUUUAUCCGGAAUAAUAUUGACCGCAUCGGCGGUCAUAUGCUAUCCGCUGAGAAGAGUCAAAAAGUGGGAAGAUGACCGAAAACUAAGGAGACCCAAUAGCGUUUAACCAUGACAUCACCUAUUGCUUCGAGGAGAUAAACAAAUCUGACUCUUACCUGCCAUAUAGUUUUUAUUUGUCGAUCAUGACAACACUUUAUAUUUUAAUAUCCGUCAAGGGUAUUUUUUGUGCUCAUUAUUAUAUAAUAUAAUAUUACCUAUACUUAUAACCAAUAGAAAUUUGUAUAUUUUUGCGUCCACAAAUCACAAUUUUUUAUGUAUACGCGUUACCACUCAUACUGGUGAUCAUUGCAACGAUAUAUAAUAAUAUAAUAUUAUGUGUAUUGUUGUGUUAUGUUGUAAAAUUUGACUAUAUAUUAUUGUAAUUGUUAUACGUUAUAAAUCAUUAUUUUAAUAUAUUAUUGUAUGUUUUAAGUGUAUAUGUUGAAUGUAACGAGUAAAAUUAAAAUAUAAAAUUGAAUUCCUUUUUAA